AGCCACAUGUGGCUCUGGAGCCGCAGGUUGCCGACCUCUGACCUAACUGUGUUUGACAUCGCUAACGUUAGCUAAUGGAAUAGUUAAUAACAGAAUGACCUUACUUUGGAAUUCAAAAUAACAGCUAACGGUUGUACUAAACGCUAGCUGCACCUAGAUAAUAUACGGUUGCUAACGUUAGUUUUAACUUUACUUACCCAACGUAGACGGUAAAUAAGCCCGUCUUGAUACAUCUUGUUUUGACUUUUUACGUUACCUAUACUUACCUACGUUAGUGUAUACACUUCAAGAUAAAGCUAAGGAACCAAAACAAAGUAGUGCAACGUUAUUCAACAUGAGUCGGCGUUCAUCUGCUCCCAGAAAUCAACUGCUUGUGGAUUUCUCUGAAACAGACCUGAACAAACUGCAGGGGCAGUAUCAUAGAACAGAGGGAGCCAAGCGGGCUUAUACUAAGAAAACCAAAGGCCUCAUCUUCAGAGACAAAGAAGAGAUCGAGAGGCUCCAGCAUGAACGUGAAGAGCAUUUACGGAGUCUCAGAGUCUCUCAGAGCAGUUUUAACCGUUGGACUGAUGCUAGUGUUGUUCAAGACCUUACUGCCAAGUUGGCCUGUAGAGACAGAAUAGAUGAGGAGCUGGAAGCAGAAAAGGCCAAAGUGGCAUCUUUGAAAGAUCAGAUUUUAAAAUGGGAGAGGAAGUUGGCAGGACAGAAAAAUGGUCAGGGAACUACACAACUCACUAUAAAAUUGGAUAAGGGAAACUUACAAAGACGCACCUGCUUAAUAGAAAACAAACUGCACAGGGGUCACAAAUGCUUCAAUGAGAUGAUGACCCGGAAUGGAGAGUUGAGAGAGGAGCUGAAGAUAUUGCAGGUGGAGAGGAAACAGUUCCUACAUGUUCAGUCUCGACUAGAAAAGGAGCUGCAUGCAAUUCAGAAGGUUAUUAGUAACCUGAGGACUAAAUGCACUGAAGCCUUCAAUGCCAGUGUGAACAUCCAGGAGAGACAGAGGAUGCUGACGGGCCAGAAUGAUAAGGAUGUGACUCAGUACAUAAAGGAAAAGAGCAACCUUGAGCGAGAAAUGUCUCGUUCCAGGAACUUUGAGGCUUUCCUAGACAUAAAGGCUGUUGCACGCACUCACCGCAGAAAAGUUAAGUACAAGCAAUUGGAGUCUACGGAAUUGGGACAAGAGGAUUUUGAGGAGGCUAUAAAGAAGAUCCUCACAGAGACAGAGGAAAGCGACUUGGACAAACUGGUCAGGAACUUCAUACAAAUGGAGGAGCAGAACUACACUUUACUGAAAUUUGUCAACUAUCAGCAAAGUGAAGCAGAGACCAUUCGCAGGCAGAUCUCUCAGCUUUGCAAAGAGAGAGCAAUCUUUGUGGCUGAGGAGCAGCGGCAGCAGGAGCAACAUCAGGCUCUUCGGAAGAAAAUUUCCAUCAAACAGGAGGAAAUUGAGAAACAGCUGGGAGGUUAUCAACACCGUGUUGAUGUCUUUGAAAAACUACUAGAUCAGCUCAAAGAUGGUGUUAAAUCGUUGCUUCAGAUCAGCUAUGAGAGCUCUGUGAUCCAGUUGGUUUCCUCUGAUGGAGGCGAGGAUGAAAACAUCGUAGAGAGCCUGAGAAGGGUGGAGAACAGAGUCAAUGAGCUUCUCGCUCUGCAGUCCUUUCUUCACUUCCAAGAAAACGUUGAACAGUGGGACAUUGACAGUCUCAGUACCAUUGCAGUGCAGCUCCUGGGAAAGAACCCUCCAGCUGUCAACCUAAACACUGUUGCUGCAACCUCUGCACCUGGGGACGACCCAAAUGUGGUGGAGUCAGUGUUGCUGGAGGCAAAUGGGCCAGUGAACAGAAAUGAUCUCCUGACACUGGUCAAUAAGAGGAUUCAGAGGAGAAGGAAGACGGACUGACCUGUUGUUAACAGCCCCUGUGAACUUUUAAAUAUACAUUUCCUCAAUGGUA